AUGCAUCGGCCAGAUUACAUCAUUCCUUGGGUGGAAAUGCGGGCGAGAGACGAGAACAUUCGAAAAGCAUUCAAGUGUUAUCCCGUGUUGGAACCGUUCGCUCCGCGACAUUCGAUCUCUUAUUUUAACAAUAACAAAGAGGACAGCACGAAAUGGGCGUACGAGCGUCUUCAUAAAGUGGACGGUUUCGAUCCCGGCAAGCCGCGUUGCGAUCGUAUCAAGCAGAGUCUUAUUUGGUUGGAAAUCUCGAGGGAGAAUAAAGGUCUCAAGAUCCCUAUGAUUACCAGUCACUCGUACGGUCGACCGAACAGGGUUCAAAUCGAUGUCCCUGAAAAGAAGUAUCAUCGAUCCAGCAAACUCAAAGAAUUUUAUUCUCGCUCCGGCUUUGAAUUAAUCAUUGACGAGGAGAAACAGGAGAAACCGAUUUGUCUCAAUUAA